CCUCCCGCUUCCGAGCGGCUCACGUUUGGUUAGGUGCCGGUACCCUCACCGGGGGGCUGUCAGUCUGACCAGGGGCACAGCAGAGGUGCCGGGCGGGCCCCUGUUGUCCGCCGCAGCGCCCGCCCCGCGGCCUGUCAGUGGUUUCGCCGGCAGCGGCCCAUUGGCUGGCGCGGCCGGUAACGUGACGGCGGCGUCGGGGCGGGACCCGAGAAGUGCCGGUUGGAGCCGGUACCUCUCGCCGCGCUGCCGGCUCCCUCGCGGACGGAGCGAGCAAGCUAGUGGGCUGGUGACCGCACCGCGCUGGGCGGGAGGGCGGGCAAGCCGCGCGGCCAGAAGUACACUGUAACCAUCCUGUCCUUCAGCUGCUUUCCCUUGAGUGGGCCUGAAUGAAGACAAAUGUAAAGAUGGCAUGUCCAAGGAAUUUUAAAAGGUGUAGACCUCCUGACUGAGCACUGCUAAGUAUUUAUUCUCUUUAAUUAGUAAACUGCUGUUCUCUCACAGGUGAAAGUCAUGAUCACGCUAACAGAACUCAAAUACUUAGCAGAUGCCCAGUCAUCCUACCACAUACUAAAACCAUGGUGGGAUGUCUUCUGGUAUUACCUCACCAUGAUAAUGCUGCUAGUUGCCGUACUUGCUGGGGCUCUCCAGCUUACUCAAACCAGAGUAUUGUGUUGUCUUCCUUGCAAGCUAGAAUUUGACAAUCAUUGUGCCGUGCCUUGGGAUUUAGUUAAAGCCAACCUUAACAUGUCAGCUAGCUCUACAGCACAGAUAAUCAUCCCUCUUAAAAUCCAGAACGAUCUCCAUCGGCAGCAGUAUUCCUAUAUUGAUGCAGUAUGUUAUGAGAGAGAGCUUCACUGGUUUGCCAAGUUUUUUCCAUACCUAGUGCUUCUGCAUACCUUUAUUUUUGCAGCUUGCAGUAAUUUCUGGCUUUACUACCCUAGUACAAGUUCCAGGCUUGAGCACUUUGUAGCCAUUCUUCAGAAGUGUUUUGAUUCUCCAUGGACAACGCGUGCCCUCUCAGAAACAGUUGCUGAGCAGUCUGUGAGGAAGUUGCCAAUAGCCAAAUCAAAAGCAGCGAUUUCACCUCCUGGGAGUUCAGUAGAUAUAGGGGCCAGCAGGCAGUCCCUGCCAUAUUCCCAACCUGGCUUGGAACCAACGGGAAGAGAAAAUUCCUCAAGUGUUCUUGACAAAAAAGAAGGGGAACAAGCUAAAGCUAUAUUUGAAAAAGUGAAGAAAUUCAGAGUACACGUUGAAGAGAAGGAUGUCAUAUAUACAGUGUAUAUGAAACAGAUUAUAGUGAAAGUCAUUGUAUUUGUAAUAAUAGUAAUUUAUGUCCCCUACUAUUUAUCAUUUAUUACACUUGAAAUUGAUUGUGUAGUCAAUGUUCAGGCCUUCACAGGGUACAAAAGGUAUCAGUGUGUUUAUUCACUAGCAGAGAUUUUUAAAGUUUUGGCUUCAUUUUAUGUUGUUUUAGUGAUCUUCUAUGGCUUAACUUGUACUUACAGUUUGUGGUGGAUGUUGAGAAGUUCACUUAAGCAAUACUCUUUUGAAAAACUGAGAGAGAAAAGUAAUUAUAGUGAUAUACCUGAUGUCAAGAAUGACUUUGCAUUCAUUCUCCACUUGGCAGAUCAGUAUGAUCCUCUUUAUUCCCAACGAUUCUCAAUAUUCCUGUCUGAUUUGAGUGAAAACAAACUGAAACAGAUCAAUCUUAACAAUGAAUGGUCAGUGGAAAAACUGAAAAAUAAACUAGUAAGAAAUUCCCAAGACAAGAUUGAGCUCCACCUUUUCAUGUUAAAUGGUCUUCCAGACAGCGUCUUUGAACUGGCAGAAAUUGAAGUCCUAAGCCUGGAACUUAUUCCUGAAGCCAAACUUCCUUCAGCUGUGACCCAGCUAGUCAAUCUCAAAGAACUUAAUGUUUAUCACUCGUCACUAACUAUGGAUUAUCCAGCAGUCAGUUUUUUAGAAGAGAAUCUGAAAACAUUGCGCCUCAAAUCUAGUGAGAUGGGAAGAAUUCCAUUUUGGGUCUUUCAUCUAAAAAACCUGCAAGAAUUGUGCUUAACAGGAUAUUUCAUGCUAGAUCAUCACAAUUCCAUAUAUAAUGAAAGCUUUCAGGGGCUAAAAAAUCUGAGAUCUAUUCACUUAAAAAACAACCUUUCCCGUAUACCUCAAGUGGUUACAGAUCUUCUGCCUUCUUUACAGCACUUGUCUAUCAACAAUGAGGGGAACAAACUGAUAGUGCUAAAUAACUUGAAGAAGCUGCUCAACCUGAGAACCUUAGAAUUAAUCUGCUGUGACUUAGAGCGCAUUCCCCAUUCCAUUUUUACCCUCAACAAUCUGCAUGAAAUUGACUUAAAAGAAAAUAAUCUCAGAACAGUGGAAGAAAUAAUUAGUUUUCAACACCUUAAGAACCUUUCUUGCUUAAAGUUGUGGCACAACAGUAUUUCCUAUGUCCCAGUGCAGAUUGGUGCAUUAUCAAACCUGGAACAAUUGUAUCUAAAUUAUAAUAAUAUUAAAAAUGUUCCAUUGCAGCUCUUUCUUUGUAAAAAAUUACACUCUUUGGAUCUUAGCUAUAAUAAGCUAACCUCCAUCCCUGAAGAAAUUGGUUAUCUGACCAAUCUGCAGUACUUGGCAUUGACAAAAAACCAUAUUGAAAUGCUGCCCGAUGGAUUAUUUCAGUGCAAAAAGCUGCAGUUUCUUCUCCUGGGAAAUAACAGUCUGAUGAAUUUGUCCCCUUGUGUGGGUCAGCUACUGAAUCUUGUUCAAUUAGAGCUCGUUGGAAACUAUCUUGAAUCACUUCCUGCUGAACUGGAAGAAUGUCAGUUCUUAAAGAGGAAUAGUCUUAUUGUAGAAGAGCGGUUGUUAAAAACACUUCCACCCCGUGUAAGAGAGCGUUUGCAGGCAACUUCAGAUAAGUGCUCAGUUUAAACUGGAACUCUGCAUCAUUGCAGUCUGUAAGCCUGUGUAUCUAAAGGGCUCCAUAGGUGAAGUGAGAGAGAACAGUUUACAAAUCAGUCUUAAACUUAAAUUCAUUGAACUGAGUUGAUUGUAUUGGAAAAGACAAGUUUACUUAGAUUCAGGAAAAAAAAUGCAGCCUUUAAAAGGUAAUCAUAUGUUUGAAAAAUCUGAAAUAUGAAUUGUUGGUUGGCUUCUACUGGUUGAAAUAACUAAAUGUUUAUGAUGAUAUUGAAAUGGAGGAGUUGAUUGCCUGGCUAUAGUGAGGGUGUAUAUACUUUUUUCCUAUGGGAAUUCUUUUCUGUUGUUAGUGAUAAUUUUAAAUAGCUUCAUCUUCUGCCACAUGAGGUCUAAGAACUGUCUGGAACUAGUUUCUGAAUGUGAACUCUUUGCUAACUUAGAAUAUGUUAAAUUAAGAAUUUAAACUAUUUGAGCAGUUCAAUUGCAUGGGUCAUAUUGAAAGUAAUUUUUCAGCAUACCUUAAUUUUAAAAGCUUUUGACAAGUACUGAGCAUAAAUUCUAUAAUUAUGGAAGUUGCCAUUUGAAUCGCGCUAUUAAAACCAGUUGGACAAAAACAUCUGAACACAGUUUCAGUAUUUUGUCUUAAAAGUAGUAAAUACAAAUUGAAUUGUUGCCUAGAAAUUGGGAAGAAUCAGAAGAAUCUGCAACAACUGUUGUGCAUAUGUAUGAGACAGCAAAUCUUAUGGUACUGAUCUUCAUAGGUAAUGAUGGCAAUCUAGUUGCAGGGUUGUCUUCUGUAUGUUGUGAGCAUCGCAGGUGUUAGUGUAGUGUAUGUGCUGUUUAACAUGUUUUAUAACUUCUCAUUACUGACUGCCUCAGUCCUCCAUACCCAGUUACUGUGUUCUGGUGUCUGGGGAGAGGAUGAAUAAAGUUGAUGUUAGUGACAGACACAGUUAAGCUAGACAGUCAUGCAGCUUACACUUGGGAGGGGAAACCAGGAAGCAUUAUAAACUUUGCCUCUUCUAGGGAUAUAGUUCCAUAGAUCAUAGUGAUGGAAUGAGCUCUUAUGCCAUCCUUAAUACUUGCAAAACUGGAUGGAAAUAAAAUGGUUCCUGACUUCA